AUGGCCCAAUUCACUGCCCCGGAGCACGUUCUUGUGCCAAACAAUAGGCUUGUUUUCAACAUAAUAUCUGUGAAAUGUGGCCAUUGCUCAAAUUUGCUUUCUGUGCAUUUGGGAUCGACGUCGUUGCUCGAAACUCAACCUCUCCAUGAUUUCCAGGAAAUUGAAAUGCAGGCCUACGAUAUCGGAGCUCAUAGAAACUGGGUGGAGUGCGGGUCAUCAUCGUCCAUGUGCAAUUGGGCUCCGACGCAUAACAAUCAAGGACAGACUAAACCUAUUCGUCCUCCAGAAAAGAGACAACGAGUUCCUUCUGCUUAUAAUAGGUUUGUCAGGGAAGAAAUUCAAAGGAUAAAGGCAAACAACCCUAGUAUUAGCCACAAGGAAGCAUUCAGUUCAGCAGCAAAGAAUUGGGCACACUUCCCUCGCCUUCAAAUUGGACUAAACCUCGACGAGAACACGAAGAUAGAGAUUGACAAGGAGAAUAAUAACUCUAUGAUGGGUUAA